AGUGACCUGUAGAGACACCCUGUAUGGUUUGUGCCAUCUUAUGCGCGUCCGCGUGUGCUAAUCUCCGAAAUAAUAUAUACAAAUGUGCUGUUAUUUAAUUAUUAUAAAUAACAAUAAUAUUGAUAUAACGUUUAUGUCACAAUUAAGGAACUAAUCAUUCAAUAUGAAUAAUAUAAUAAAAUCGGUCAUUAGAACAGGAUACAAAAAUCAUGGAAAUAUAUUUUUAAGGUUAACUUGUGAUACCAAAAACAUUUGCAAUGUUAACUAUAAACCGGACAAAAUAGAUAACUUGCUAAGACCUAAAGAAAAAGUUAAUUAUUUUGUUAUUAUUCGAACGUAUAGUAAUCAAUUUAGUGAUGCAGAAACAAAAUCCACAGAAGAAGAAUUAUAUGAUGACUAUGAAGAUGAAAACAGUUUACUAACAGAAAAUCAAUAUGCUCGGAAAUAUUUUCAAAAUUCUUUUCAUUAUAACAAAACGAUUGUACCGCAAAGAAAAUUGGAAGUAAUUAUUACAGAUGAGGAGGCAGAAAAAAUAUUAAAUAAAGAUUGGUCGACGGCUACUAUCAUGGAAGCGAUUUCCGCUUUGAAGACAUUGUCACAUUAUAUUGCAAAGAAAAAUGAUCUUGAUGUUGAUCAACUGCCAAAAUAUAAACUUAUCUUAAAUGCUUUAAAUGAAAAUGUUAAUAAUCUUACAUUUGAUUUAUUAGAAGAAAUAUUAAUCAAUUUAUUACCAUUUACUAAACAUUUGAGAAAAACAAAAGAAUUUAAUAAUUUAAUGACAUCACUAGAUAAUUAUUGUGUAAAAGAAUAUACAAAGUGGCCUAUUGAUAAAAUGUUUUUAAUAGCUGACGCAUUUUAUUGUCUUUACUAUAUAAAUAGUAAUUUUAUAUGGAAAUUAUUGAGAAAAAUGAAUACAAAGUUAAAUAAACUAACAACAAAAAAUAUUAUUCAACUUAUGUUUCUUGUUAAUAUUAAACGUAAUAGUCCACUAAAUAUGUACGAAGUCGAAUCAAUUUUAGAAAAACAUUUAGAUGAUUUUACUAUAAAUGAAUUAGGUCUGGUAGCGAUGGGAUUUUUUAAAAGUAAGUCAAAAAUCAGAGAUUCUAUGUUAUUGAAAACCAUCACAAAUCGUUUAGCUCAUGAUAUAAAGAUUGUGGAUAAUAUCAGCUUAGCAGCUUUAUUAAAACUUAUACGGUUUAGCAUGAAAUAUAAUGAAAUUGUAAACUUAAAAUUGUUAAUGAGUAGUGUUACUCCAUUACUUCCUAAACUCGAUCUUCAAUGUCUAGCGCAUGUAGUACAUGUUUAUGGUAAGGCACAUUUGUACUCAAAACCCUUUAUGGAUGUCAUUAUAACAAGGUUUUACAAUGAAAUCAAAAAUGCAAGAUUGAAAGACAUCGAAAAAUUGACAUUUGCCUUAAGUACAUUCUCUAUUGAUACUACAAAUCCUAUAUAUAAUAAAAUAAUUGAGGAAUUAACUUGUCGUUUAUCCGACGAUAAGAAAGAGAUAUUUAGAUAUCCAUGGAUGUUUAUUAGUAUAAUGCGGUAUUUGGCCGUUUUAAAUAUUUAUCCCCUUCAUUUGAUAAAAUUAGCAUUGGAUCCAUCUUAUAUUAACUUAAGGUGCAAAGGUAAUAUUUAUUUAAUUGGCUGGGAAUAUUCCAUAUUAGAAUACUGUAUAAAGGUAGAUCGACCUGAAUAUACUGGACCAUUUCUUUCGGAGAGUACUCUUCUAACUUCAACUAAGCGACAUUGGAAGAUAAUGGACUUGGAGAAUUCAUCAUCCUUGGUUCGCAAGAUAUUUAAUGAAAUUAUGCUUGUCCUGAAGGAAUCCAUCGUAAAGGAUGUAGAUUUAUAUAGUGGUAGAAUAUUACCUCAAUUUGUAAAAAAUAAUAUUGUCGUUGGUAUGGAUGAACAUCAGAAUUUCAUCUCAGCAGAACCAAUUUUAUCACAAAUACCUGAAGUUAACAUCAAGAGAAUAGAUGAUACAUUUCCAAAAAACAUCAAAUGGCUGAUAUUUGUUGUAAUACAUCAUAAGCAUACAUUGAAAGAAACUAAUAAACCAACAGGCAUUACAAAUGCAAAAUUAAGGCAACUGAAAAAAAUUGGAUAUACGCCUAUUUUAAUAACGAGUCACGAAUGGUUUCUAUUACAAAAUGGAGAAGAGAAAACGAAUUAUUUGAAAAAUCUUAUAACAAGUUCAAUUUAGCAUAAAAGAAAUGUUAUAUCGUAUAUAUAUAUAUAUAUACACACACAAACAAGAAUAAGAACGUAAUCUUUUCUGAAAAUAAUCGUUUCUACGAUUCCUAAAUGUAUAAGAAAUUCUAUAUUAAUAAAUUGUAAAAAUCUUAA